AAUUAGGAAAAGACGUUGGAAGUUGAUAGGACAUACAUUAAGGAAUGCUCUUUAGUGCUUUAGAAAACCAACAAAUAGAAAUGCUUGGAAUAGCUAGCAACGACGGCGGUAAAAGCUUCAAGAGAAGGGAAUAUCAAACAACUAUAUGAUACUACGAAGAAACUAGCAGGCAGAUAUAGUACACCAGAUGGAGCUGUCAGGGACAAAGAAGGAAAGGCAAUCACUCAGAUUCAAGAACAGGGGAAAAGAUGGGUAGAAUACUCGAGGAACUCUUGAAUAGACCAGCCCCAUUGAAUCUACCGGCAAUCAAAGCAGCACACAUAAACCUUCCUUUACAUGUCGCUCCACCAACGAUUGAAGAAAUCAAGAUGGUCAUCAAACAAAUGGUGAGUGGUAAAUCAGUAGGAUCUGACAGUAUACCAACUGAAGCACUAAAGUCGGUUAUAGAAGUAGCUGAAAGUAUGCUUCAUGUUCUAUUCAGGAAGAUUUGUGAGGAGGAACAAUUAAUACCGAGAAACUGGAAAAAGAGACACAUCAUCAAGAUACCAUAAAAAGGAGAUGUUAGCAAGUGUGAGAACUACAGAAGCAUCACAAUACUAUCGAUAUCAGGGAAUGUUUUCAACAGGUUUUCCAUAGUGGUCUAGCU